AUCAUCUGGUUAACUGACACUGCAGACUGAGACCAAAGAGUGUUAAUUCCUGAAGCUGAGCCAGUAACCGACAGGAAAAUGUAGCCACGGGGGAACUGAAAAGUACUCAGCCGUUUCCUCUUGUGCUACCGAAGAGUGUCUGCUGCUGGGCUGGCAUGUCUGCUACCUAACAAGCAUUCUGACGCUUGUUCGGCAGUCCUGGUGUCCUGUGGAAGCAUGGCGGAAAUCAGUGUUCCAAGAAUCCUCCUUCUGCUUAUUUCUCUGGCCAAGGUUCUGGAGGGUACAAAGCUGCUGGCACACCUCAAAAAGUGUGGUGACUUGGAGUGUGAAACCUUAAUCAGCAGAGUCCUAGCCCUGACAGAUCACACAGGACCUGACUGUCGGUACCUGAACUUUACUGAGGGCGAAGAGAUAUCUGUUUAUGUUAAGCUUGCAGGAGAGAGAGAAGAUCUGUGGGCAGGCAGCAAAGGAAAGGACUUUGGAUUUUUCCCCAGAGAUGCAGUCCAGAUUGAAGAGGUGUUCAUAUCCGAAGAAGUCGAGAUGCCAACUAAGGAAUCUGACUUUCUUUGUCUUCUUGGGGAAGGCUACAUAUUUGGAAGGGAGCACAGUGAGUUGCACAGCGAUGGUGAUGGAAAUAUGUACCCAUACGAAGAAUAUGAAGACCAAAACUAUAAUAUAUAUGAAAGUGAUUUUCAGCCAGAACUUGACUUUUAUGCAGCUUCUGAAGGGACUUUGUUUGAAGACCAAAUUUCAGCAUCAGAAACCCGUGAAGAGUUCAAGAUUUCCAAUGAGCUUAAGGACUUGGAAGAGGCUGGAAGUGCGGGCAGUGGGGAGCAGGGUUACACUUCCGGCAUGGACCAUGACUUGCCUGAAAUGCAAGGACAGUUUGGACUGGGGAGAGAAGAAGCUCAAGAGCAGACUUUUAAAGCAGAUUCUGAACCCACCCAAGAAAGCUCAUCUCAAACUGGAGAAUUAACAGUGGAGGAGGAGAAUGACCCAGAGAAACUACACAAUGGAGAACCCCAAGUGGAGCCUGAGCAAGAUCCAGAAGCCCCGUUUGAUUCAGAGACACCAGAAUUCAGUCCAGUCCCAGAGGAGCAGUAUGAGCUAGUGUCUGAGUCAGAGAAAAUCCUCAACCCUCAAGCGACAAGCUGGUUUGGUGGUGGGUUUACAAGUUAUUUAGGUUUUGGAGAGGAGGGCACAGGACUUGAGUUAUUGUCCAAAGAACACAACCCGCCAUUACAAGAUGUUCCCGAUUCUAUUUCAGCUGAUGAAGAAGCCCCAGCUCCAUGUUUUGGAGAGGAGGACACAGGACUUGAGUUAUUGUCCAAAGAACACAACCCACCAUUACAAGAUGUUCCCGAUUCUGUUUCAGCUGAUGAAGAAGCCUCAGCUCCACACAGAGAAGUGUCAGCAGACAAGGAAGAUAAGGUCAUCAAUGACAGCUCAGUUCCCAGUCCAAAUUGGUUUGACUUUGGUUUUGGUAUUCUCAGCUUUGCAUAUGCCAAUGAAGACAAAACUAUUUCAGACGAUGGGAAACGGGAAGAUGGUGAGGCUGAGAACCACAAACAUCCUAUAGCAAAUGAUUUUGACCCCGGAAAGGAACAAGAAAGCAGAAUGAUGACUGUUGUGGAAACAGAAGAUCAGACAGGUAAGGAAAGCGCCUUGGCGAAGACAGAUGGUUCCGAUUCUAUGCAGUAUCUGAAGAAGUUCUUCUAUAACCCUUGGAGCUUCCAGAGCCUGCCAGAGGACACAGAAUCACCAUUCUCCACACAGAAGCUGGAUCAAGAGAAUAUCGCUGAAAGUGACAAAACUGAAAAGCUCUCCACUGAAAAUUCUGCUGCUGAGAGCGUGGAAGAGCCCAUGACGCUGGAGGGCACAUACAGCCUGUCAGGUUGGUGUGAAAAGAUUUAUAUUUGCUAAGAUGAUUUUUAAAAG